GCCAAGGCCCACAGACCGGGGCUGCCGCGCCAGAGCGCGCUGGGUGGCGGUGGCAGUGGGCGUCACGGGGCUGCUGUGCGCGGUGCUGGGCGCCGUCAUGAUCGUGAUGGUGCCCUCGCUCAUUAAGCAGCAGGUCCUCAAGAACGUGCGCAUCGACCCCACCAGCCUGUCCUUCAACAUGUGGAAGGAGAUCCCCGUCCCCUUCUAUCUCUCUGUCUACUUCUUCGACGUCCUCAACCCCAACGAGAUCCUGAAGGGCGAGAAGCCGCAGGUGCGCGAGCGCGGGCCCUAUGUGUACAGGGAGUUCAGACACAAGAGCAACAUCACCUUCAACGACAACGACACGGUGUCCUACCUCGAGUACCGCAGCUUCCGGUUCCAGCCCGCCAAGUCCCGCGGCCUGGAGAGCGACUACAUUGUCAUGCCCAACAUCCUGGUCCUGGGCGCUGCGAUAAUGAUGGAGAACAAGCCCAUGAGCCUGAAGCUGAUGAUGACCCUGGCGUUCAGCACGCUGGGCGAGCGUGCCUUCAUGAACCGCACCGUGGCCGAGAUCAUGUGGGGCUAUGAGGACCCGCUCGUGAGCCUCAUCAACAAGUACUUCCCGGACAUGCUCCCCUUCAAGGGCAAGUUCGGGCUGUUUGCUGAGCUCAACAACUCCAACUCCGGGCUCUUCACCGUGUUCACGGGCGUCAAGGACUUUCAGAGGAUCCACCUCGUGGACAAGUGGAACGGGCUCAGCAAGGUCAAUUUCUGGCACUCGGAUCAGUGCAACAUGAUCAAUGGGACGUCCGGGCAGAUGUGGGCCCCCUUCAUGACGCCCGAGUCCUCGCUGGAGUUCUACAGCCCCGAAGCCUGCCGGUCCAUGAAGCUCAUCUACCAGGAGCCGGGGGUGUACGAAGGCAUCCCCACCUAUCGUUUCGUGGCCCCCAAAACCCUCUUUGCCAACGGGUCCGACUACCCGCCCAAUGAAGGUUUCUGCCCAUGCCUGGAGUCCGGGGUUCAGAACGUCAGCACCUGCAGGUUCAGUGCGCCCCUGUUUCUCUCCCACCCGCACUUCUACAACGCAGACCCGGUCCUGGCGGAGGCGGUGAUCGGCCUCCACCCUAACCAGGAAGAGCACUCCUUGUUUCUGGACAUCCACCCGGUCACCGGGAUCCCCAUGAACUGCUCCGUGAAGCUGCAGCUGAGCCUCUACAUCAAGGCCGUCAAAGGCAUUGGGCAAACCGGGAAGAUCGAGCCGGUGGUCCUGCCGCUGCUGUGGUUUGGGGAGAGCGGGGCCAUGGAGGGCGAGACGCUGCGCACGUUCUACACCCAGCUGGUGCUGCUGCCCGCGGUGCUGCACUACGCCCAGUACGUGCUCCUGGCGCUGGGCUGCCUGCUGCUGCUCGUGCCUGUCGUCCACCACAUCCGGAGCCAAGAGAAGUGCUAUUUAUUCUGGAGUAGUAGUAAAAAGGGCCCCAAGGAUAAGGAGGCCAUUCAGGCCUACUCUGAAUCCCUGAUGACGCCAGCGCCCAGGGGCACAGUGCUGCAGGAGGCCAGACUGUAGGACCCCAGGGACGCCAUGAGCCCGCCAAGCCUGGCCACUCAGCCCGACCGGCUCUCUGACUCCUGCACCCCACUUCUUCAGGACUCUGUCAGUGGACAGCCCUCCAGUCCCCAGGCCUGAGCCCCCAGUUGCCACACACCUGUCUGCACACGCCCCAGCACACAUGCACGUGCACAGGCGUGUGUAGACACACUCAGGGAUGGAGCUGCCGCCGAGGGCCCUCGGGGAGACUCGCAGACAAGCACUGUUCUGGGACCUUCUCUCCAAGUGGCCCCCAGGCCUGCACAGGCGCCUGGCUCUCGGCGACUCGGAUGGCCUCUCCCGCUUCCCUCUGGCUGUCUAGGAGGGCCUGGGCACUGCCCCGGAACCCCGGGCUGGGCGGCUGCUGGUCCGAAGCCCAGUGGGUGGGGGCUCAGGCCCAGCCUGGGCGGGAGCAUUGGCACCACCUGCCUGCCUGGGCCGGGCUGAGCACCUUCACUCGGCUCCGAAAACCGUGAGCCCAACAGGCGCCAUGCACUGCCCGAGGCCCCCUCGGACCCCACCCGGCGGGACCUGCAGUCCAGUCGGGCAUGGGGCCUGGGUGUCCAGGCUCCUUCCUUCAGCCUGGCCUAAUGUCCUCUGUGUCCUGAGCCAGCUGCCCCCAGGGCCCCCAGUUUUUGGGUGCCGGGAGAGAUGGAGGGCCCGCAGGCGCCUCUGGUGUCUGGUCUGGUGGCCGCGUGACCCCUUGGUGCGAGACAUGUCCGCCUGGCGCCUGGUCCCCAGGGCAAGGCCCCGCCCUUUUUCUACCAGAAGAGAAAUGAGUUUUAUCAUCUUUUACUAAUAAUUCACUGCUGAAGUAAUAAACCUUUUAUAAAAUGGA